GCCGCGUGCGUCACACGCUGCGCAAUCAAGCACGGAAAUAACUAAACAGCUGUUCUACAAUAUUCGGUCGGGCAACUCAGCAAAGCAGUAUCUGUACGGUCACGCCAGCCAGCCGUUUUCCUUGGAGUCGUGAUUGUUUGGACAGAAUUGCUUUUGCUUUCUCAUUAUACUGGUAACCAUCGUGUGGUUUGGACUAUUCUUCCAUUUUUCAACGUUUAUUACUUCUUCGGUAUUGGCGUUUGAAGUGUGUGAAUCAUAAAAUAAUCCGUGAGCUACUUUAGCGAUAUGUUUACCUAAAUUCGUCGUUCGUUGUUAUUGUGACUUGAGUUGUAAUGCCUUGUGAAUACGUGGACCGCGAGAAGAGUUCCCCAGUGUUAUGUCAAUAGAAUCUCUCAAAAACAGUGUUUUAGAUUGUAGUAGUAUAGAAAAUUGUUAUUGACAAUGUCUAAUACCGUACCAACGAGUUCUGCCCUGAGGGCUUUGGCCUUAGAAUAUAAAAGUCUACAAGAAGAACCCGUGGAAGGAUUCCGGGUAAAGUUACUUGGAGAAGACAAUUUGUUUGAAUGGGAAGUCGCUAUUUUUGGUCCCCCAGAUACACUUUAUCAAGGUGGUUAUUUCAAGGCACAUAUGAAAUUUCCCCCAGACUACCCAUACUCACCGCCAUCCAUUAGGUUUUUAACAAAAGUUUGGCAUCCAAAUGUAUAUGAGAACGGUGAUCUCUGCAUAUCGAUACUGCACCCACCGGUGGACGACCCGCAGUCGGGAGAGCUGCCCUGCGAACGCUGGAACCCCACGCAGUCGGUCCGCACGGUGCUGCUCUCAGUCAUAUCGCUGCUGAACGAACCCAACACCUUCAGCCCGGCGAAUGUCGACGCCAGCGUCAUGUACCGCCGUUGGCGCGACUCCAAAGGGAAGGAUAAGGAGUACGAGAAUAUUAUCAGAAAACAAGCCCAAGUGGCGCGGAUGGAAGCGGAAAAAGAAGGCAUAGUUGUACCUCUUACGUUAGAAGAUUAUUGCAUUAAAACUCAGGUGAAGGCGACGACGCAAGAGCCGCAGUUGGACAUGACAGACUUCUAUGACGACGACUAUGACGAUCUAGAUUCUGAUUCCGACGAGGAGCUGGAAGGCGGUGACGGGGACGGGGAUGACAGCGGCAACGGCGAGUCGUGAGGACCCCCCCGCGCCCCGCGCGCGCCCUCUCCCCCCGCCAUCUCACGCGGCAGCGGACGGACCACACGACAACUGUAACCUCAUACUUAUUGUGAAAGGGCCCUUCAACAAAAAUUGCCAGAGACAACGAUUAUUUUUUUUAUUCAGUGUGAAAUUUGACCCGGAGUCGCAUGUUUUAUCGUUAGUUUGCGUGCACGCUUUUUGUCAUGAAAAACCAUAGACAGAGAAAAAAAGACAGACGGAGUUAAAAUGAUUUGUGCUUCAUUUUACCGUAAAAUUCCAGCCGCCAUAACAAUGCCUAACUUUUCAAGCCACCCUCCGUCCGCUUUUUUUUAUGUCUAUGAAAAAACAUUUUGAAAGAAUUAAUAUCUAUUUCUAAACAUAAAAACCAUUUUAGCGGAAUAAAAUUUACUCCUUUUAGUAAAAAAAGUGAGAUCUUUUUAAUUUUAAAAUCAAUGAAAGAAAUAAGAUGAAGCAAUGUUUGAGUGGCAUAAACGAAUAAUUAAAUAAUGGUACAGGCUUGAACCGACAUAAAUAUAGACAGAAAAAAGGUACAAACUAAAUUUAUUUUCUGUGAUCAAUUUUUUUUGUUAUAUUUCUUUAAAGUAGAGCACUUGACUACUGAUACAUUCUAUCUAACCUUCAGAAUUAAUUUGUGUCGAAAUUAAGGUUUCACGAUCAUUCCAUCAUGUAAGCCUUUAAUGUUCUUCUUCUUAUUUCUUCAUAGUGUGUGUAUUACUUCUAAAUAUUUCAAUGCUUGCCAUCCCUUUAAAAAACAUUUUCCAAUAAUGGUACUGCCUAAGUUGUCGUUGUUAUUUGCAAAUUUUAAGUUUUUAUGCAAAAAUUUACAUCAUCAUCGUAAUUGUAAACGAAAAGUUGAAUGCCGUAAUUUUUUGAUGCCAAAUCGAUAUCGUUUUGUAACGGAGGCAGUGACUUGCAUUACAUAUAUUUUUCACAGACAAGAAAAAGCCAUUCUUGAAAGCCAGCUUUUUUUUAUAUUACAUUGAAACUACAGGCUCUGCCUAUUUGUCUAUAUAACAUACACGUCGCUGGGUAGCAAGGAAUUGGCUUGGAAUCCAAAGCUAUUUUAAAAUAAAUUAAGGCCCUAUUAUUUUAAGAGUAUAUUAGGCAUUGAUUGGAUCUAAAUAACUUGGCUAGCAGUAUAAUCAUUUUAUAUAUUACUAUUUUACAUUUUCCUUGUCCUAAUAUUAAAUUUAUAUAGCUUGGGAAUGUCUAUGUACGAUUUACGAACUGGGCUACGCCCGCAUAUAGCCUACGAUGCAUUUUAUCGUUUUGUAUUAAAGAAAAAUGGCUGAAACAUGCGCCAUUUCAGACAAUAAUACGACUUCAGUGCGCAGACAAAGUCAGCAUCAUGUAAUGUAAAAAUAUUUACCGACUUAUUUAAAAGUGCUCCAAUAUUAUAUACUUGAACAUAUUUUACAGCGAGAAAAUGUUCUGUAGGACAGAAUGUGUGUAGGUAACUUGAUAUGUUCGUGUUUAUAUGACCAUACAACUUAUAACUGUAUGCAGAUUCCUCAUACGUCGUCCGUACUCGCCGCUUGAACUGGAUAGCUAAAUGUAAUAACAAUUAAAUAUAUGAAUAUAACAUCUCUUUUGUUUAAAUAGACAUUAUUAGUAUGUUCUCAUUCAAUUCACUACGUUAAUUUAGUUUCCUUAAUUAGAAGCCCAUUAUUUUGUCGGGUUAUAUGCGAUGAAUGUACUUGUCAGUAGAAAUAAUUACCUACAAGACUUCUGUGAUUGUUAACAUUGAUGUUACAAUUAUUUUUAUAUGUUUAGUUUAAUUUUAUAGUUUAUAAACACGUGAUGCGUACUUCAUUUUCCUUUGGUUUUGUCAGCCUAUUUGAAUUCAGUUUUGUUUUUUUUUUUUGUAAAAUAUGAAGUUUAUAUUCACAAGAUCAUUUAUUUGAUAUGUGUCUAAAUUAUUUCAGUUUUCUAAAAAUCAAAUGUACAGAGAUUGUAAAAUUUCUUUGUUUGGUGGGUAUGCUCAAAUCAUGAAAUAAAGCUAAAGAAAAUAUGGUAUAAAUAUUAAGAUAUAAUAAACUAGAGUAUGUACAUGCAUAUAAUUAUUUUAGUAAUUCGUGAACGAAAUUGUAAUGUACAUUUAAUACUUCCUAAGUAAAUAAAUAAUUAUAAUAACUAGUGUGCACUAAGUUUAGCGAAAAGUUUAGAUUAGUACUGACUGUUCCGCAGUUUUGGCUUCUAAAUUCCGACAGAAACUCGAUGUAUCGUAUUAGAUAUUCAUUACUAAUAUACGUAUAUUUAACACGUUAAUGUACCUAAUGUUUGUUUAUCACAGUUUAUUUUGUGAAGCUGUACGAAAAAAUCGUCCAAAACUUAUCAAUUAGUUAAAAAUAGAUUUAAGUUACAGUGUAAGUGGUUUGGAAAUCAAUAUAGGAAAUUUCACGAGAGCGUUAAUUACAUUAUAAUUAUAAUAUUUAAUAAACAGAAUGUGUUUGGAUGAGAA